UUGAGCCACAAAAUCACCCGCCAUGAAGCCAUUAUCCACAAAUUCACACAGAGGGACAGAAGCCAUGGGAGCCCUGGAGCUCGAGCUUCCAUGCCAUUGCUUCAUUAGAGCACCAAAGCUCAAGGGCAAGCCCAUUCUUCCAUUCAGGAUCCGAGCUACUGGUUCAACUUCCACAAUUGUAUCUAAUCCUGAUUUGAUUCAAGACGCCAAUGUCAGCAUUAGAAUGAAAGUUUUGGCAUGCCCCAUUUGCUUUGAUGCUCUGUUCAGUAAAACAGGUGCAAGCAUAAGCUUGGCCUCAACAUCUGGAUGUAGUGUUGAAUGCAAUACUUGCAAGAAGGGUUAUCGAGGAAAUGAUGCAUAUCUGGAUUUAACUUUAUAUGGUAGUUCAAUGGAUUAUGAUGAAACCAUGCCUGCUGCAACCGAGCUUUUCAGGAGUCCUUUGGUAUCAUUUCUUUAUGAAAGAGGAUGGCGUCAAAACUUUGUAUGGGGUGGUUUCCCUGGCCCAGAAAGAGAGUUUGAAAUGGCUAAAGAUUUUCUCAAGCCCACUUUUGGAGGAACCAUCAUAGAUGCAAGCUGUGCAAGCGGAUUGUUUUCGAGGCUAUUUGUAAAGAGUGAAUUGUAUUCACUUGUUAUUGCUUUGGAUUACUCAGAAAAUAUGCUGCGCCAGUGCUAUGAAUUCACUAAUCAGGACAACAUUUCAAAGGAGAACCUGCUAUUGAUCAGGGCUGAUAUCUCCAGACUUCCUUUCAUUGCUGGUUCUAUUGAUGCUGUGCAUGCUGGUGCUGCUCUGCAUUGUUGGCCUUCACCAUCUGCUGCUGUAGCAGAAAUAAGCCGUGUCCUGCGGCCCGGAGGUGUAUUUGUUGCGACAACCUUCAUUCUUGAUACUAUUAAUAUUGCUGUUCCAGUUCUGAGGAUAAUACGCCAGCCUUAUAUCCGUGCUACGAGCAACAAUAUUUUCUUAUCUGAAGGUGAAUUAGAAGAUUUAUGUAAAGCCUGUGGCCUGACUGGUUUUUCCUGCAUAAGAAAUGGACCCUUUGUGAUGAUCACUGCAACUAAGCGGGGCUAACGAUGUACAGCCUUUCUUAUUCUGCUUGAAAUAGAAAGAUAGUAUUAUUUGUUUAAAAAAAUCAUUACAAAAUAGUAUAUUUCCUGCAGAUUGACUUUGUGCUGCUCUUGUAAUUUAGUGUUUGUUGCAUAUAUUUUUAUUUCUCACUAAAUUUAGUAUGAAAACCUGUAUAGUCAAAUUCUGUGGAUCAAACAUGACCUGAUUUUAUUGUGAGGAAAGACAUGAUGCAUGGCAAUCAUAUAUAGAUCAAGAAAACCGUUUACUGAUUUCUGUCUCUCCACAGCUGAGUAAAGUUAUAUGUUAAAGUUUACCAA